UUCCUCCAUGCAUCUCUCUCUCUCCUCUUUCUCUCUCUAGACUUCCAUACACGACAACCAUCCCAACCCCUUAUUUAAUCUCCUUCUAUUAUCCACCCAUAUGCAUUCUUCAACUUAACGAGUAUCUUCAAACGUUAUGGAGUUUUUGACACACCAGUUUGACAACAAUGGCGACUCACAACUGCCACCGGGCUUCAGGUUCCACCCUACUGAUGAAGAACUCAUCACAUGCUACCUUCUACACAAAGUUCUCGAUGGGAACUUCACUUGUCGAGCCAUUGCCGAUGUUGAUCUCAACAAAUGCGAGCCUUGGGAGCUUCCUCAAAGGGCAAAGAUGGGGGAGAAAGAGUGGUACUUUUUCAGUCUACGUGACCGGAAGUAUCCGACUGGACUGAGAACAAACCGGGCGACGAAUGCCGGUUACUGGAAAGCCACUGGAAAAGAUAGGGAGAUUUACAGCUCGAAGACGUCAGCUUUAGUGGGUAUGAAGAAAACUCUUGUGUUUUAUCGGGGUAGGGCUCCUAAAGGGGAAAAAAGCAACUGGGUGAUGCAUGAGUAUCGUCUUGAGGGCAAAUUUGCUUACCAUUUUCUUACCAAAAAUUCAAAGGAUGAACAGGUGAUCUCUCGAGUGUUUCAGAAACCCAACUCCGGCAACACUGGUGGUUCCGGUUCCGGUACCAAACGGGUAGCAACCGGAAUAAACUCCUACCAAGAAGCAAACUCUUCAACCUCAGUUUCCCUCCCACAACUUCUCGACUCCUCGUACGCCUCGGCCACUUCAGCGUACACCGCGGACCACGACACCUACUCCUACGACAGCAACGCCGCCUCAACCGAGCAGCACGUGCCCUGUUUCUCCACUGCCUCACCCACUAACUUCAACCCGCACCUCAUUUUCAACCUUCCUCCGCCGCCGCCACUCUCCACCGCCACUUUCGCCACCCCAAUGGGCUACCCGAAGAAUGUGGUGGCGUCGUCGUUCCCGAGUUUGAGAGUGCUUGAGGAAAAUCUUCAGCUACCGUUUUUCUACUCUUCUGUUGCACCACCGCAGCCGCCGAUUCAUGGGGAUGGAGUGAUGUGUGGAUACGGGGGUUUGGGCGGUGAUGAUGUGAUGCCGGCGGUUUCUUCAGUGGCGGAGAAACCGAAGGCGGGUCUUACCGAGUUGGAUUGUAUCUGGAGCUUCUAACUGAUCGUUAUGGCGGCCAGCGGCGGAUAGUUUAUGUUUCCUUUUAACGGUAAGAUAUAUUAAAUACUAGCAAGACGCUAGAAAAUUAGGAUUUAUAAGCUUGUGUUGUAAUGGAUCUAUUUUAGUAUUUUCUGGUAUGUUAUUUGUUAAUGUUUUUUUA